GACUACAUUUCAACGAUGUAUCCUGCAUUUUUUAUCUGGGAAAAAAAGGAGGUGGCACAACUAGUUGAAAACAAAAUGGAGCACAAGAAGCAGUAUGGUCUUAUUAUUCCCAAAAAAGCACAAAAAUCCCAACUGGCAUUGAAAACUUCUGUAUUUGACAAUGAAAGUGAGGAAGAGGAUGCUGCAACUUCUCUGGAACAAACAAUUAAGAAGGAAUCAUUCAAGAAUAGAAUUAAAAAACAGACUCAGCUAGAAAUGAAAAAAGCCAUAGAUGAAGACCCCACAGUUUACGAGUAUGACAACAUAUAUGAUGAAAUUCAUAGAAAGAAAGAAGCAGCCAAGCAGUCAUCCAAUUCCAAUGCUCAUAAGCCUAAGUACAUCCAGAGUCUCUUGAAAGCAGCUGAAAGAAGAAAAAAGACAGAAAGAAGAACAGAAAAAAAGAUUCAGAAAGAAAGAGAAGCUGAAGGAGAGACUUUCAAAGAUAAUCUUAUGGAUGUUACCAAACAAAAGGACCUCAGUGGAUUUUACCGUCAUUUUUUGAACCAGACUGUUGGUGAAGAAAAUAUUCCUGGAGAGGAAAAGCAUGUGAAAAAGGAAAUUAUUUCAUGUGAUGAAGAAAGCAGCACAAAAAGUAUCAGUGCAAAACUCAGGAGAAAUAAGCACAGAAUCAAAGAUGAAUCCCAGGGUGUUAAUGAUAAGAACAUUAAAAAUCAUUCUGAGUCCAAAAAGGUUGAAUCAGUUAAUGUGGAUGCUGAUAGUGAUUUUUCUGUUGAUUCUGAAAGUUCCAGUAGUAGUAGUAGUAGUAGUAGCAGUAGCAGCAGUAGUAGCAGUACUAGUAGUAGUGACCAAAGUAGUGAUGAGUCAACUUCACAAGAUAAGAAAGUUAAUAAAAAAAAAGUUCUAAGAAAAAUGUUGAACUUAGAAGUAAUGAAAGUUACAAAAAGGCAGAGAAAGAGGGAAGAGAAAAUGGAAAGACAAUAUCGCAGAGAGUCUACGAAAAUAAACAAGUCACCAUCAUCAUCCUAUAACAGAGAAAACAGGCACAGAAAAGAACUAAAGAAAGUAAAUAGAUCAUCUUCUGAAAGAGAGGGAAGAGAUCCGAGAGAGAUAAGAAAGAUAAACAGAUUGUCACCAUCUCCUGUCAGGGAAGACAGGUAUACAAAAAAGACAGAGAAAGUGCAUAGAUCAUUUUCUGAGAGGGAAGGAAGAGAUCAAAGAGAGAAUAGCAAGUUAAAUAGAUUGUCAACAAACUCUGUUAGAGAAGAAAAUCAGAGGAGAAAAGAGUUCAAGAAGAUAAGUUUAAGUAGGUCACCUUCUCCAAGUGAUGACCGAAGUCACAGAAGAAAAACAAGAAAGAAGAGUAAAUCAUCAUCACCAGACAGAAAUAGAAGGGACAAAAAAGAAUCAAGAAAACUAGAUCAUUCACAGACUUUAUCUCUGGAAAGAAAACACAAAGUGGGUAACAGAAGAAAUAGCAAAUCACUGUCUCCAUUUUCAGAUGAAGAUAAGAAGAGGAGAUGUAAUAAAAAGAAGAAAAGGACCCCAUCUUCAUCCUUAGAUAGGGAAAAAAUACAUAAAAGAGAAAAAAGAGAGAGGAGAAAGUCACUAUCUUCAUCUUCAGGUAGUGAAAGAAAGGAAAGUAAUAGUGACUCAAGGGAAAAGGUAAGACAUACGAGAAAAGAUCAUAAAAAUUCCCUUUUUAAGAAAUCAAGAAAACAUGAAAGGUCUUUAUCAAAUUCAACAGUAGAUAAAGAAGACUAUGAGAAAUAUGAUAAAGAUAGAAAUCAUUCUGUCAGUCAAGAUCAGAAAUACGAGAGAAAAGAUUUCAAACAAAAAUUAUCGUCUAGAGAAAAGGCACAUCACUAUUCAGUGAAAAAGUUUUCUUCCUCUACUGUGGUUAAGCAUGAUGAAAACAGUGAAGAAUCUAACCAUGAAGAUAAGAAUAUGAAAAAAGAGACAAAAAGAAAACAUGAGAAUCAGAAGAAUCUUGAAAAGGAUAAAACACUAAAUUUUGCUUCUAAAUUUGCGAAAAGAAAUGUUGGUCAAGCUGUUGAAGAUGCACGAGCAAGGUAUUUUGCUCGCAAAGAAGCUCGAGAAGCAGCUAAAGCUGCUUUUGGUACGGUGACAUAACCAUACGUGUUUGUGAACAAAUGUACAUAUAUAUUGUUAUAAAACUACCUGUUUUGUACCAACUUAGAUAGACACCUGUUGGUAGUUGUAUA